AUGACCUGUUCACGUGGAUGCAUUACUAUGCUGCACGUGACACCAUUUUACCGCAUAAUAAGACUGAAUAUGAUAUUGACUUUGCACACAAUGGUCAGGAAUUUCUCUCAUGGCAUCGGUUGUACUUGUUGGCAUGGGAGAGAACCUUGCAGGAAAUUAAUAAGGAUGAAGAAUUUGCCCUUCCUUUCUGGGACUGGACUGAGAAUCCCACUCGAUGCGACCCUGCAAUUUGCUCUGAAAAGCUCCUUGGCGUAACGGACCAAACUACUGGCAUUGUGAGGGGCGAAUACUUUAAUGAUUGGUACGUCCUUUGCACCCGCGAACAAACCGAUAAUUUAACAAAGCCGUGCGACCCCACCGACAAAAGAAAAGGCUUGAAACGGAACACAGAUGAUGAGAAGGAGAAGAAAGUGAAGGAAAAAGGAUAUACUAUGACAAUUCCAACAAAAACAGAAGUUAACUUUGCGCUCCGUUUUGAGACCUUUGACCGCCCACCCUACAACAAAAGUUCCAGCUGCAAUUUUAAAAACAUCCUAGAGGGUUAUGCCAGCACCGAAACCGGUCGUUACCAUUCUGACGUCCACGUCUUGCACAACCGGAUCCAUAUAGUUGUUGGAGGAGAAAUGGGGGACGUACCUUCAGCAUCAAACGACCCGAUCUUUCCUCUUCAUCACGCGUUUGUGGAUCGUAUCUAUGAAAAAUGGUUGCGGAAGUUUAAUAAGAGUGCAAAUGUGCUAUCCACUUACGAUGCACCAAUUGGUCACAACAGAGAUGACGUCAUUGUGCCGUUGUUUCCGGUUUACACUCACCAACAGAUGUUCAAGAAGUCUUUCGAGUUCGGUUAUGAUUACCAUGACGUAGAUGAAGAAGGUGAGAAUGAACAUUUUGCUUUCCAUUGUAGUUUUGGUUGACUCUCAUGAGACUAGUUAAUUAUCAGAGUCAGAACUCCUCUGCCUGCCCAAUGUUUUUCAGGCAAUGUCCGUGUUUUGAAUUGUUCAAAUAGAGGCGCUCGUAAAAUUUCGGCUAUAAGGCGCUUAUUAAGUUAGCGCACUGAUAGGACAAAAAAAUCAAAAGAACAGGUAAAACACAUGAAGGAAUUCUACAAGUGCAUGAAGACGGAAAUAUCUGGAACGGAAAAGAAACUCGAGAACUGAAGCUCAAAAAGUUAUAGAUUUAGUGGCAAUAGAUAUAGGUUUUCCUUGCAUCCCCACUUUUUAAGAAAGUGAGGAAGGGGGAUGACAGUUACUUCAAUUUAUGGCCUAAGGGGUUGGCGCUUAUUCGUGGAAAUACGGUACUUAUAACAAUCCUUUAAAAUUGCAUUAAUUCGUGAGUGUUUUCCAUUUCCCCAAUGUUGGUAUUUUAAAUGUCAAAAUAAAUUGAAAGUUUUAGUGAUCUUAAACAAGCAUUUCAUUUUUUCCUCUGGGAAAAGUUAUGGCAAAUUUAUUUUCUUGCCUUCCAGACCGAUGGUAGGAACACUUGGAGAGAAAACUCUGAGGAGUGUCUUUACCCAUUCACUUAAUUCCAACUCUUCCGCUUCCCAAUAUUCCUCGUCUCUCCUCUCAUACCCUGUGCAGUUUGUCCACUAUAACUGUUGCUAUCCAAAAUUCACAAGAAAGUAUCUUUGAAUAGGCAGGUCUCCUGAUGACGAGAAAGAUGGUGAAUCAAAGUCUUUGCAAGAUUGUCCAACUAAAUCUGCAGCGCCUGGAAAGCUAACGUGUUGGUGGCUGAUGUCAGUCAUGUUACUAUGGCAGCUACUCUUGGCUGAUUGAAGACAGGGAGUGGAGAUAAUUAGCCUGCCUUAGGCUUUUAGUAAGUGGAGAUGCGUGAAAUAGUGGGUGUGGGAAAAGCGGGAAGCAGGCAACACAGCAGUCAAACGUCGGGUUCGCGCGAGGGGACUAAUUCUGGCAGGCCGCGCGCCAUUUUCCUGCGCAAAAUUUCAUAGGAAAACAUGAAAAACAGCUCCUGUCUUGAAAAAUAAGCGAAAGAGAAUUGAAACGUACAUCGUUCUAUGUAGAAGGAAUAAAAGUAGGGAAAAAAAAACUCGACAAUUUUCGAACGCGAAACUUAUUCAAGUACGGGUAUCUUGUUGAUUACGGUUGCAAAACACCUCGACUCACUUGCAUGUGAGACUGUGUAUAACUCAUUUCUGACAGCACUUCACGUAGUAAUUACAACCUGUGAACAUGCGCAGACGUUGGACCGCUGUGUUGAAGCAAGCGGGCCGCUGCGGUUGCAGUUACUAGGGAGACGUCUGCAGAUUACGCCCGCUUGCCUGCAAGUUAACGCGCGCGCCACUUUUCGCGUAUUCGCUUUUUCGCUCGUCUUCGCUGAUGAGAGGCUGGAACAGGCUAAGAGAGAAGAAGUGAGGAGGAGGAAAGAGAAGAGUAGAAAUGGUAGAGUCGUAGAGUAGAGCACAGUACAAUAAUGUACAGUAGUAUAUAUUACAUUGGACUUAAGUGUGGAAAGAUUGAAAGGAAUAACUGAGUACACCUAAUAUAAGAGAGACGAGUUAAAUUUUUAGGAGUGCAGCUGUGCGGAGCUUAGUAAAGAAGUAUUAAGAACAUUACAGAAGCGUGUGAUUUUUAUGUGGAAUAAAGUAACCUUAAAAUAUAACAACACAAAAAAGCAUCGAAGCCUUCAAGAAGACGAAGGUCUUAUUUUUUUCUAUAUGAAAAAGCACGUUUAUAAGCGGCACAUCUCGAUAUUUUGAGUCUAUUUGUUGGUUAAAUGCGACCACAAGUGAACUUUGUCCAUUAUUUUCUAACCUUCAUGCCUUAUGCACGACGGGAGAGGGGUGGGAAGGCGGCAUUUACGCCAGUGUGUAUUUUAGGAUUAGGAUCAGGGUGGAAAUCUUGGCGAUCACACUUUGCCCUUACAUCAACUUUGCCCUUUCUCUUCUCUUUGUGCAUCGGUCACGCAAGCUAAUUCUUCACAAGUCGUUUAUUUUGUAUCUAAUCUACCCCCGCCAACCACACAUUGGGUAAACUUAAGUCACGCGACUUUAGCGUGUUAUUUGUUUUAAGAAGCGUUCAGGAAAGGAUACUAAAAGUUUCAGUCCUAAGAAACUGAGGCAUUAAGAGUGCAUAGUUGACAAGCUAGUGGAUCAGGUACGCUUUGAUCAUGUUUCUUUAAUGAUUGCCGUGUUACUUCCAUGUUUGAAGCGAGCAAAGAUUUUACAUUGGCGAGGGAAGUUCCGCGCCGCAGAUUAAGUAUGUUGCUAAGUUCCCUUCUCCUUGGUAGAUAGGAGAAGUUCGGAGAGAUUUCCAAUGAACUAUACAAUUCAUCAUGUUACAGUUUUGUAAAACUUGCAAGCAACAAACACUUGAAUGACACAGACUCAUUAUAUCCAUACAGCAAUGCUGACAAGAUUAGCGCAUACCCGGAAAGGUAUAUUAUUUAUGUUCGAUGAAUGAGUGAAAACCGUGUACAGACUUUAUACCUUCGCAUCUGCUGUAUCAUGUCGAUUAAUUCUGAAAUAAAUGUAGUGAUCUCUAUCUAAUGCUCGCCAGGAUGUUAUUUCAUGCCUUGACUUGAAAUUUGUAGAAUGAAAUAAUGUAGUUCGUUGAUUAUGUUUGCUGAAUUCUUGGAAGCGAUUCAGAGGUCUACACAAAACACAUUCUGUACAAAUCGCCGACGCAUGCAAAGCUGACGGCACUAUAGCAGGCUGCUUGGAGAGGAAAAAUUCGGCAGCGUCUACCGAAGGUAUAUUUUAUAAGGAGAGUCUUAAGUCUAGUAACGACGCUUAGAGUUCUAAGAAAUCUUGAGUACAAAGGUACGCUGUACUCUCAUUCUGAGGAAACCUUUUCUAAGAAUCCAUCAAAAUAGAUGAGAUAUAGUUUCAUUGUAAUUUAGGUUUAUUGUUCAGUCGACUUAUCAAUAGCACCGCGACGUACAGGAACAAACUUUAAGAGGAGAAAUUUCAAAUCUUAGGAACAAAAAAGCUUGCAGUUUUAAAGAAGACGAAGGUAUGCUUUAAUCAAACUCGUUCUCAAGGAAGACACGUAGUCUUACCUCGAAGCUCCAAUCUUAAUCAAGAGGCGCUCACAACAUGAUCGCUACAAAGGAUUUAUAUACUGCUCUGGUGGUAACAAUGUCCAAGGUACAUUUUAAACGAUAACUAUUCGAAAAACAGAAUGCGGAUUGUACUCGAUGUAUAUGUCUCAAACAUCCGAUGAUCAAACUAUGUUCAGUUCGUCAAAGUCCUCACCAGAAAUACGCAUGCUUUUGUUGUAGGCCGAUCGCGGAUUGACUUCGGGAGUAGCUUCUGAAGAGGAAAUUCAGGCUCUGACUAAAAUCGAAGGAGGCUUUCGUGACAAAGUAGCGAAACGGUCUCUUGCAAUAAAGUUUGAUUUUGGGCUGAAAAUUAUAUUCACAAGUAAGACUUGCCGUAUAUGCUUAUGGAAUGCUUUCUGGGAAAGCUGACCCAUUCUAUGAAAUUACUCCAGUUGCAUCGCCGUCAAUUAUGUGGCUUUGUAAGUUAAGGACCUGAUAUGAUGAACUCUUCUAUUGAUUCAAGUCACAGAUAUUUUGCGCUAGAAUUUUAUUUCCAAUAACGUUGUGAAGAAAAUCAGUUUCUUAAGCGAGCAGCAAUGGAUUUCGAAGUCUUAACCUUUUGGUGAAUAUUUUCAGUGAUGGAUUCUUGACAGAAAAUUGUUAUUGGAAACUAGGUCAGAGAGACGACAACCACACAUUGGGUAAACUUAAGUCACGCGAUAUAUUCCAGCAUUCUGUGGGCAUUAGCGUGUUACUUGUUUUAAGAAGCGUUCAGGAAAGGAUACUAAAAGUUUCAGUCCUAAGAAGCUGAAGCAUUUAGAGUGCAUAGUUGACAAGCUAGUCGAUCAGGUACACUUUGAUCAUGUUUCUUUAAUGAUUGCCGUGUUACUUCCAUGUUUGAAGCGAGCAAAGAUUUUACAUUGGCGAGGGAAGUUCCGCGCCGCAGAUUAAGUAUGUUGCUAAGUUCCCUUCUCCUUGGUAGAUAGGAGAAGUUCGGAGAGAUUUCCAAUGAACUAUACAAUUCAUCAUGUUACAGUUUUGUAAAACUUGCAAGUAACAAACACCUGAAUGACACAGACUCAUUAUAUCCAUACAGCAGUGCUGACAAGAUUAGCGCAUACCCGGAAAGGUAUAUUAUUUAUGUUCAAUGAAUGAGUGAAAACCGUGUACAGACUUUAUACCUUCGCAUCUGCUGUAUCAUGUCGAUUAAUUCUGAAAUAAAUGUAGUGAUCUCUAUCUAAUGCUCGCUAGGAUGUUAUUUCAUACCUUGACUUGAAAUUUGUAGAUUUGGAAAUUUGUAGAUUGUAAAUUUGUAGCUGACGGUACUAUAACAGGCUUCUUAGAGAAUAGAAAUUCGGCAGCAUCUACCGAAGGUUUAUUUUAUAAGGAGAGUCUUAAGUCUAGUAACGACGCUUAGAGUUCUAAGAAAUCUUGAGUACAAAGGUACGCUGUACUCUCAUUCUGAGGAAACCUUUUCUAAGAAUCCAUCAAAAUAGAUGAGAUAUAGUUUCAUUGUAAUUUAGGUUUAUUGUUCAGUCGACUUGUCAAUAGCACCGCGACGUACAGUAACAAACUUUAAGAGGAGAAAUUUCAAAUCUUAGGAACAAAAAAGCUUGCAGUUUUAAAGAAGACGAAGGUAUGCUUUAAUCAAACUCGUUCUCAAGGAAGAUACGUAGUCUUACCUCGAAGCUCCAAUCUUAAUGAAGAGGCGCUCACAACACGAUCGCUAAAAAGGAUUUAUAUACUGCUCUUGUGGUAACAAUGUCCAAGGUACAUUUUAGACGAUAACUAUUCGAGAAACAGAAUGCGGACUGUACUCGAUGCACAUGUCUCAAACACCCGAUGAUCAAACUAUGUUCAGUUCGUCAAAGUCCUUACCAGAAAUGCGCAUGCUUUUGUUGUAGGCCGAUCGCGGAUUGACUUCGAGAGUUGCUUCUAAAGAGGGAAUUCAGGCUCUGACUAAAAUCGAAGGAGGUUUUUGUGAAAAAGUAGCGAAACGGUCUCUUGCAAUAAAGUUUGAUUUUGAGCCGAAAAUUAUAUUUACAAUUAAGACUUGCUUACGGAAUGCUUUCUGGGAAAGUUGACCUAUUCUAUGAAAUUACAUGAUCCAGUUGCAUCGCCGUCAAUUAUGUGGUUUUGUGACAUGAUGAAGUCUUCCAUUGAUUCAAGUCGCAGAUGUUUUGCGCCAGAAAAGCCGCCUAUUUCCAAUAACGUUGUGAAGAAAAUCAGUUUCUCAAGCGAGCAGCAAUGGAUUUCGAAGUUUAAGCCUUUUGGUCAAUAUUUUCGGUGAUGGAUUCGUUGCCAAAAAAUUGUUAUUGAAAACUAGGUCAGAGAGACAACAAAGAGCAUACAGUGAUAACCCGUGUGACAUUAAGAAAAUUAAUAUCAACCUAAGGUCAUUUGUUGGGUAGUUUGCAUAUGCUGCAUGACUAAUUCCCAGAAUUUGAAUAAUAAUUGCCUUUUGUGAACUGGAAGAUAAGUUUCCGGGAAUCUGGAUCUCGAUCACUUGAAAGGAAUUAAACAGGAGAUUUUGGAUCUGAACAGUUGUUGCCUUUAAAAUCACAAACAAGAAAAUUAAGCUGGUUAUGAUUGCUAAGUUCUUGAGAUAAAGCGAAAUUACGGCUCACUGUUAUAAGGAUUUUCAUGCGAGGAGUAACCUUACAGCAUAAAUAAUAAAAGAACCAGAAUAAUCGAGAGUACAGGUCAAAUUUUUCGAGAUGCAUAAUCCAACCGUUUGUGACAUGAAAAGAAUAAAAAAGAAACAUUUAUUCACGAUUCGAUGGCAUCCGGCUAUUUUAAGAUUCUAAAAUCUAGCAAUCCAGAGUUUUAAAUCAUUUUUUGGGUCUUGUAGCCCUAAAAUUUGUAAACACAGUCGUUGCAAGAUGGAUCAAUUAACUUCGGACUUUAGUGAGAUAAAAUACGAAAGAAAAUGUGUAAAAUAAUCAACCUUUUUUCCUGGCUCGGUGAGGUUUAUAGAAAACAAUUUUCAUAUUUGAGUUUCACCUCUUCUUCAAAAACAAACACAGAAAAAACCCAGUUUCUCUCUACUUGAAAGUUUUCAUGAUUCUAUUAUCAUCAUCAUCAUCAUUAUUAUAUUUCUUAUCAUUAUUGUCAUUACUAUUAUUAGAACUAUUAAAAAUUAAACAGAGAUAUCUAUGUUUCACAUAAUUGUUGAACGUCUAGGCUCGGAGGACAGAUAACAAUAAGACCUAAAUUUUGUCUCUCAGGGAGUCGAUCAUAAAAUGGGUUACCCCAGCAUCGCAUACCUUGUCUUUGUUGUCGUCAUUUUACCCUGGGUUGAAGGCCAGUUUCCCAGAGUCUGUACUGACCGGGACAGCCUGAGAGACAAGAAAUGUUGUCCUACUCCUAGUGGCUUCAAUAUAGAAUGUGGUUACGAUGGAGGCAGAGGACAGUGCCAGGCAUUGACCAUUCGUGAUUGGACAUCUAAGUACAGUCAUUACCGACCGUUCCAGAUGGAGGACGAGAGACACAACUGGCCGCGUGCUCUUUACUACAAAGUCUGCAAAUGCAACGAAAACUUUGCAGGUUACGAUUGCAGCAAAUGCGCGUUUGGCUACUAUGGCAGUACCUGCAAGCAGAAGAAAAAUUUGUUACGAAAAAAUUUUCUAAGCCUGACAGCCGAGGAGAAAGACCGAUACAUGAAUUACGUCAGCAGGUCCAAGAAGUAUGCAAGUGACUUCGUGGUUACGUCUACUCCUUACAAGAAGAUAAACGAAACCGUUAUGGAGGGUGGCGACCCAAAGUCCUACUUUUAUGAUGUAACUUACUAUGACCUGUUCACGUGGAUGCAUUACUAUGCUGCACGUGACACCAUUUUACCUCAUGAUAAAAAGGAACCUGAUAUCGACUUCGCACACGAUGGUCAGGGAUUUCCCUCAUGGCAUUUCCCUCAUGGCAUCGGUUGUACUUGUUGGCAUGGGAGAGAACCUUGCAGGAAGUUGGAAACGAUGAAGAAUUUGCCCUUCCUUUCUGGGACUGGACUGGGAAUCCCAAUCAAUGCGACCCAGCAAUUUGCUCUAAAGAGCUCCUUGGCGUAA